UGAAACAAAAGGUAAAAUCUAUGGAGAGUUUGAAGAAUCACUGCCUUUCCAUGGUUUUCCUUGUCAUUUGUUCUGCAGCAUUGUCCUUAGCGCUUCCCCAAGUUCAAAGACAUCAAUUUGUCAUUCAAGAAACACCAGUGAAGAGGCUGUGUAAGACUCAGAGCAGCAUCACCGUCAACGGCAUGCUUCCUGGUCCUACUCUCGAGGUCCGGAAUGGUGAUACACUCGAAAUCGAAGUCGUCAACAAAGUCCGAUAUAAUGCCACCAUUCACUGGCAUGGUGUUCGGCAAAUGAGGACAGGAUGGGCCGAUGGACCAGAAUUCGUAACUCAGUGUCCGAUUCGACCAGGAGGGAGUUACACCUACAGGUUCACUAUUCAAGGACAAGAAGGAACUUUGUGGUGGCACGCUCAUAGCUCAUGGCUUAGAGCUACUGUUUACGGAGUCAUCAUCAUCCGCCCUAGGGAAGGCGAAGCCUACCCUUUCCCUAAGCCAAUGCGCGAAACGGCAAUCGUGCUCGGUGAAUGGUGGAAUGCUAACCCCAUUGAUGUUGUUAGAGAAGCAACACGGACAGGGUCGGCUCCCAAUAACUCCGAUGCGUAUACAAUCAAUGGUCAACCUGGUGAUCUCUAUAAAUGCUCCUCCCAAGAUACUACGAUAGUUCCCAUCGAUGCGGGCGAGACCAAUCUCCUCAGAGUGAUCAAUGCUGCCCUGAACCAACCGCUUUUCUUCACAGUCGCCAACCAUAAUCUCACCGUUGUUGGUGCUGAUGCUUCCUACGUGAAACCCUUCACCACUUCAGUCAUCAUGUUAGACCCGGGCCAAACCACCGAUGUUCUGAUCAAAGGUGACCAGCCACCGGCUCGAUACUACAUGGCAGCUCGUGCCUACCAAAGCGCCAAAAAUGCACCCUUCGACAACACUACCACCACUGCAAUCCUUGAAUACAAAUCUGCACCUUGCCCUGCCAAGAAAGGCAUCAAUGGACCCAAACCAAUCAUGCCUCCUCUCCCUGCAUACAAAGAUACCAACACCGUCACUGCCUUCAGCCAAAGCUUUAGAAGUCUCCGGAAAGCUGAAGUCCCGACCGAUAUUGACGAGAAUCUUUUCUUCACAGUUGGUCUCGGACUCAACAACUGCCCACCAAAUUUCCCUUCGAGUCGUUGUCAAGGACCAAACGGCACUCGUUUCACCGCAAGCAUGAACAAUGUCUCAUUCGUGCUCCCACAAAACUUCUCUCUGUUACAAGCACAUCAACAAGGCAUUCCAGGAGUAUUCACCACUGAUUUUCCGGGAACCCCACCGUUGCAAUUUGAUUACACCGGAAACGUAAGCCAAUCACUCUACCAACCGAUUACAGGAACCAAGCUCUACAAACUCAAGUAUGGAUCAAGGGUACAAAUUGUGUUACAAGACACAAGCAUCAACAUGCCUUCCUCCUUGCAGCUCCACCGCUCCACAACCACCUUCAGCGGCGGCUGCCACCACAAACAGCAAGCUCACCUCACCACACUGACAAGUUGUUUCCUUCUUCCUCACGAUGUGUCGCUUCCGGAGACGGUCUCAUCGUACCACGUGCAUACCCUGAGACCGAACCAGUGUAAUUCCGCGGUGGUUCAAGCCAUGGAAGCCCCAGUGGAUACGGUCUGGUCUUUGGUUCGUCGGUUUGAUAACCCCCAGGCUUACAAACAUUUCCUCAAGAGUUGCCAUGUGAUCGUGGGUGACGGGAACGUGGGUAGCCUUCGUGAAGUACAGGUGGUGUCGGGUCUCCCAGCGGGUUCCAGCACGGAGAGGUUGGAGAUCCUGGACGAUGAACGUCACGUGCUUAGCUUUAGCGUGGUGGGAGGCGAUCAUCGGUUGAGAAACUACAGGUCGGUUACAACCUUACACGCUUCACCGAAUGGUAAAGGCACGGUUGCCGUUGAAUCAUUCGUUGUUGAUGUACCGCCUGGUAAUACCAGAGAAGAUACCUGCAUUUUUGUUGAUACAAUUGUACGCUGCAACCUUCAAUCUUUGGCUCAAUUGGCUCAAAACAUGGCUAAAACACAAAACUCUUUCUCCCCUUAAUCAUGUUAAUUCUCUUUAACUCUUUUCUUUCGUCUUCAAAUAGACCCAUGAUGAAGUUGAAGAUGAUGAUCAGUUCUUAUUACCAGAGGGGGUUUAA